CUUUGAAUAACAUAACACUCACUGAUGGCCACUUCCUGCUUUGUGGAGGAUGACCGAAAUGCUAUUUUUCCUUCUGUGCUGUUAGCUGGCUAGCUCCUGAGUCAUGGAGGAUCACAACAGGCUACUUCCUGGUUCAUGGAGAAUGAAAUAACAUUGACCAAUGGCCACUUCAUGGAGGAUCACCAAAAUGCCAUUUUUCUUUCUGUAUCCCUAUGUCAGGUAGCAGUCUACUUCCUGGGUCAUGGAGAAUCACAACAGGAAGGAGUCAAUACAGCGAUCUGCAUGGCUGCUGCUGCAAAGAAGGUAUGGGUUCCUGAAACUUUGAUGUGCGUCUUGCAUGAGAGAUGUCUCCUGCGACUUUGUCAAUACUUCAAACUGGGGGAUGUCCUGUCAGCCCAAAUGACUCUUGAUGCUCAUGGCUGCCCUGAAAUCUGAACUCCUUAAUGGACCUCAGGUCCUCAUUUUUAGCAUUGUAGCAUGCGUCCUAAAACUGGAAUGCAACAGCAAGUGUAGUCAAAACCAAACAAGCCUCAUGUUUGAAGCCUUUUGCACUGUUUAGGGCUCAGUAGCGAUUACUAAACAGUUCAUAUAAGCACAUAUGUCCUGAAAAGUCAGUGUUUUCGGUUUUCUAAUCAUCCUACAUGAAUGAUGUAGAAAUUCUAGCCAUAGUGACACAUCCUUGUAGCUGUGAUGGCCACUACUUCCCCUCUAGACAAGGAUCAGCCCCUCCUGCAGCUCCAGGAGGUGGACUCCAGUCGUGUGGUCUGUCCUGUCCUGUCCCCCAUUCUCAGCGCGUCCUCCCCUGGUCUGUCCCUCGAAACCAGCCAGCCCAUCUGUAUCCCCUCCCCUUACACCGACCUCAGCCAUGACUAUACCACCAUCCCUUUCUACAGUCCAACUAUCUUCUACGCCAGACCGGGUCUUUCAGACUGCUCCUCUGUGCACCAGUCCCUAAGGCCCUCCUUAUUCUGGCCGGGCCAUGGCCACGUGGGCCCACCGGGACCACUGCACCCCUCCCAGGUACGGCCUCAGCACAUCCAGCCGGUGCAGAGUCCAUGGGUGGAGCUGUCCCCUGCGGACAGGGACUUGACUACCAGCAAGAGGAGGAGUUCCCAUGACAGCGAGGAUGUUGUGGGGUCGUCGGGUGGAAAAGCAGACCUUCACUUCUGUGCUGUUUGCCAUGAUUAUGCUUCUGGCUACCAUUAUGGCGUGUGGUCCUGUGAAGGGUGUAAGGCCUUCUUCAAAAGGAGCAUACAAGGCCACAAUGACUACAUCUGCCCAGCAACCAAUCAGUGCACCAUAGACAAAAACCGACGCAAGAGCUGCCAGGCGUGUCGCCUUCGUAAAUGCUAUGAAGCUGGCAUGACCAAAUGUGGCAUGCGUAAGGAGCGUGGGAGCUACAGGAACCAACAGAGGAGGCGAGUGAGCGCUCUUUCGUCACAAAGCAGGACUCACGAAGAAAAGGUGUUAGCUGAACCAGUGGCAGGUGUCAUGAUUGAGCUCCACCCCCCUGCGCUGACCCCAGAACAGCUCAUAGGACGGAUAAUGGAGGCGGAGCCACCUGAGAUAUACCUGAUGAAGGAUAUGAAGAGGCCGCUGACAGAAGCCAACGUCAUGAUGUCUUUGACCAACCUUGCUGAUAAGGAACUGGUUCAUAUGAUCAGCUGGGCCAAGAAGAUACCAGGGUUUCUGGAGCUGGGACUGCUAGACCAGGUGCACCUGUUAGAGUGCUGCUGGCUGGAGGUGCUGAUGAUAGGACUGAUGUGGAGGUCCGUCAACCACCCAGGAAAACUUGUCUUUUCACCAGACCUCAGCCUGAGCAGAGAAGAGGGCAGCUGUGUGCAGGGCUUUGCAGAGAUCUUUGACAUGCUCGUUGCCGCCACGUCCAGGGUGAGGGAGCUCAAGCUACAGAGAGAGGAGUACGUCUGCCUCAAGGCCAUGAUCCUCCUUAACUCCAACAUGUGCCUCGCCUCUUCGGAGAACGUCGACGAGCUGCAGAGUCGCUCCAAGCUGCUGCGUCUUCUGGACGCCGUCACGGACGCGCUGGUGUGGGCCAUCGCCAAAACUGGCCUCACCUUCCGCCAGCAGUACACCCGCCUGGCGCACCUGCUCAUGCUGCUCUCGCACAUCCGCCACGUCAGCAACAAGGGCAUGGACCAUCUCCACUGCAUGAAGAUGAAGAACAUGGUGCCUUUGUACGACCUGCUGCUGGAGAUGUUGGAUGCUCACAUCAUGCACAGCUCACGACUCCCCAACAGGAGCCAGCAGGAUCAGCACGAGGCCUCGGACCAGAAGGAGGUUCCCGCCAAACCGCAAGGCUCCUGCAGCGCCUCGUCGAAAGAAGGUGAUCCUCAGUAGCCGGUAGACCACGUCUUUGCUUUAAGCAUGUCUUUAAUGGAAAUGCUCAAACUAUUCUUUGCACAAAUUUUUUUCAAUCAUCCAACAACUAAAUUCGGUCCGCUUCAGAUAAGCAAUAAUAGUUUAACUCUUUACUUGGCCUGAAAUAUUCAUCAAAACAACACAGUAGUCCCUCCUUUAUUGCGUUUAGAAAUCCUAUUUUGUUAUAGUUAAAACAAAAAAAACUGCUUACAACCUUCAAAAUACUCUUGUUAACGUUGUUAAAAUAACACCCAUGUGUGUUAAAAUACUUCAUCACAUCCUGUGUAGGUCCUCGCGGUCGGAAGUUCAAUGUGCGAAAAACGUGAGUGUGUUGUUUUGACCAAAGGUGUCAACUUGAUUGCCGCGGCGAAGUUAGCGGCAUUAAAAAAAAGUUAAAGUUAAAGUACCAAUGAUUGUCACACACACACUAGGUGUGGCGAAAUUUGAUUUAACCCCCAAUUCCAACCCUUGAUGCUGAGUGCCAAGCAGGGAGGUAAUGGGUACCAUUUUUAUAGUCUUUGGUAUGACUCGGCCGGGGGUUUGAACUCACGACCUACCGAUCUCAGGGCGGACACUCUAAUUAGCCGUGUUGUUAGCAUUGAGCGGCGCAAGUCUCGUCCCAUUAUUCACGCUGCUGCCGUUAUAGUUUUACUUUCCACUCAACAUGACAAACGGGGCAUGUAAACGAUGGCAAAAGUCAGCUAACGAUGGAGCUCUAUUCCGCCUAUAAAGUGGUCUAAAAAUGUCCAAAAACCUCCAUUUUCGUUGUAUGUAUGUUAUAAACAGUCCCGCCCACAAAGUACAGCAAAGCUGUUGAUUUAAUUUGGAUUUUUGUUAUGUUUUUUUCAAAUCGGAGCAGUAAUCAAAGGCUCGUUGACUAAGACAAUAAACUGACAUGUUAGUUGAAGUCUAAAGACCGUAUUUUUCGGAGUAUAAGUCGCACCGGCCAAAAAUGCAUAAUAAAGAAGGAAAAAAACAUACAUAAGUCGCACUGGAGUAUAAGUCGCAUUUUUGUGGGAAAUUUAUUUGAUAAAACCCAACACCAAGAAUAGACAUUUGAAAGGCAUUUUAAAAUAAAUAAAGAAUAGUGAACAACAGGCUGAAACUGAAAGUGUACGUUAUAUGACGCAUAAAUAACCAACUGAGAACGUGCCUGGUAUGUUAACGUAACAUAUUAUGGUAAGAGUCAUUCAAAUAACUAUAACAUAUAGAACAUGCUAUACAAUCUGUCACUCCUAAUCGCUAAAUCCCAUGAAAUCUUAUACGUCUAGUCUCUUACGUGAAUGAGCUAAAUAAUAUUAUUUGAUAUUUUACGGUAAUGUGUUAAUAAUUUCACACAUAAGUCGCUCCUGAGUAUAAGUCGCACCAAACUAUGAAAAAAACUGCGACUUAUAGUCCGUAAAAUACGGUACAAGACUAAAAUGUUGGCAGUAAUUAACUUAAUGUUGUCUUGUCGAUGGGUGGGACAAGUUCAGAAUAUAUCCAAUUACAGCUCUUAAAUGGCGUACAUUGAAAGAGGGGUGGGGUUUAGUAGUGAACGAGAGCUAAUCAGAUGCUUUUCCUUGCGAGAUAAGGAAGUCAGCGCCAAAACCAAAAUAUGUUGAUUUAACAUGUUCCACAUGGUAAUAUGUGCACACCUGGGAGAAAGUGGAGAGGACAUAUACAGUGAGGUCCACAAGUAUUUGCACACUCUGCAAUUUUAAAUUAGGGAGAAGUCUGAA